AUUGAUUUCCGGGACUUGAUUUUCAAGACGUAUUAAUUUUUUCCUCUAGUACCCGCCAUUUCCAUUGCCCCGGACAUACGUGAAAUACACUUAAAGACAACAAUGGAUUGGGACGCUCUGUUUUUUAAUGUUGCCACUUUGAUUGCAGGUGUGUUUGUUCUUGACUAUGGCGCGGAUAAAUUCAUCGACCACACCGUCAUUGUCGGGCGACGCCUAGGCAUCUCGCAGACUGUUAUUGCUCUCUUGACUGCUGGUGCUGAAUGGGAAGAACUCGCCGUGGUGGUUGCCGCCAUUCUGCAGCGUCGCAGCUCCCUGGCCCUUGGGAACGUCAUGGGCUCGACUAUCUCCAACAUCCUCGGCGCCUUUUCUUUAGGGCUACUCUUUUACCCCCGGGGUCUGGAGUUUGACCGUAGCGCAAAGUUAUACUCGGCCCUGCUGUUCAUAGUUACGACGCUCUUCGUGAUGCUGGCAUUCUUCAACCAAUUAAACCAUAUCGUCGGUGGGGUCUUGAUUGCUAUUUUUGCCCUCUACAUCGUCUCUAUCAUCUACGCUAUAUAUAAGGGUGUAGCCUCACCCCCAGAACUAUCAGAUAGUGAUAGCGACGGAGAAUCCAGUGAUAGCGAGGACGACGAAUUCGCCAACCACGCCCCUCUCUCCGAGACCUCUCCUCUCAUCGCGAAUGAUCAUGCGCCGUCAUCAACAGACAAAGGGAGCAGACGAUGCAGAAGCCUUCCUUACCACAUAUUCCAGCUCAUUCUCGGAUUCAUCUCGCUUUCACUGUCGGGAUAUAUCCUCUCCCACAGUGCCGUCACCAUCGCCGACUCCCUGCAUCUCUCGGGAACCGUCUUCGGUCUGACUGUUGUCUCCUUUGCUACUACUCUGCCAGAAAAACUGGUAGCAAUCCUUAGUGGUUCCCGCGGCCACGGUGGCAUUAUGGCCGCGACGACGGCAGGAAGCAACAUUUUCCUGCUGACGCUCUGUGUUGGUGUCGUUGCUGUGGCAGGGUACCCGGCACAAGAGGCAGAUAAUUUUGUGCUUUUUGAGCUGGUGGCAGUCUGGCUCUCCUCUCUGGUAUUCUGUGCUGUCAUCUUUUUAGGACUUGGGAGGAGUGCAGGUGUAGUGCUCUUGGUCACCUACCUCGUGUUCCUUUGCUUGGAGUUUACCGUUUACCGGCGUUGAUUAGGGUAAUCUGUCCUCGUAUUUUUCAGCGCCAUUUGUGGAACAAUGUACGAACAUGAGACUUGUAUAGCUUCCUUUAGAUAUAGAUAUCAAUAUGAG